CACUGCUUGGCUAAACCACUCCCCUCUCUAAAACAACCGUGAACAGAGUCGUUUGGUGAGUCCGCAAAGGACACGACGUCGAAACGCUGGGAUCAAAUUGGAGGAUUCUCCCACAACAAAUACAGCUUCCAGGGGGGGAAGAGCUGUGCUGUGGACACCCAGGAACUUCAAGCUCACGACCCGCUCCACUACAGCCCUGUGGAUGGGGGCGUGCUCGGAAUUCCAUUUCCUGUAGUCCACGAUCAGCUCCUUUGUCUUGCUGACAUUGAGGGAGAGGUUGUUGUCCUGGGACCACACUGCCAGCACAAACAUGCCAAACUGGGGAGGAGGUAACAAGUGUGGUGCAUGCCAGGGGACGGUGUACCAUGCCGAGGAGGUACAGUGUGAUGGGAAGAGCUUCCACAAAUGCUGCUUCCUGUGCAUGGUCUGCAGAAAGGGUUUAGACAGCAACAAUGUGGCCAUCCACGACACUGAGAUCUACUGCAAGUCCUGCUAUGGAAAGAAGUACGGCCCCAAGGGCUACGGCUACGGUCAGGGAGCUGGGACACUCAGCAUGGACCGUGGAGAGAGACUGGGGAUCAAACCAGAGGAGACCCAGUGUCACAGACCCACCACCAACCCCAACCCCUCCAAAUUCGCACAGAAGUUCGGGGGCUCGGAUAAGUGUGGCCGGUGUGGGGAGUCAGUGUACGCUGCGGAGAAGAUCGUGGGGGCAGGCAAGCCAUGGCAUAAGAACUGCUUCCGCUGUGCCAAGUGUGGGAAGAGCCUGGAGUCUACCACCCAGACAGAGAAAGAUGGAGAGAUCUACUGCAAAGCAUGUUACGCAAAGAACUUUGGACCCAAAGGAUUUGGUUAUGGCCAGGGAGCUGGUGCUCUGGUGCAUGCCCAAUGAUGAUUACCCUCAAGGCAAUGUAUUUCUGACUGUGAAAACCGCUGUGCCUAUGCUACGUUGUUUUUAAGGCUGGGGGUGGAUUUACCAUAAAUAAAAAGCUAUAACAAAAACAA